UGUAGCGUUUGUGAAUAUGAUGUGCCCCACAAGAAAUGUUAAUAAUGGAGGAAUCUGAUUGGUUUGUUUGAAUUGGCGGGCUUCGCAUGAAAAUGUAAAUUAUUGAAUAGUCUGAUUGGUUGAAUAUUGGAAUUCAUAAUUCGAAAUUCGAAAUAUGUAGCGUUUGUGAAUAUGAUAUGCCCCACAAGAAAUGUUAAAAAUGGAGGAAUCUGAUUGGUUUCCAAUAUUAGAACUCGAGCACGUAUACACCGCUUUAAAAGACUGAAACACAAGCAACAGGUCCCUUUUCGCAGUUAUCAAAUUUCACGAAGGACGCAUUUUUUUCUCAGCAAAUAUAACAGGAUGAAACUGAAGAUGCUACGAAGACAAAAAAGAUUCACCGUAAUAAUGUUAAAGCCUUGGAAGAAAGACUCUCAGAUAUAAUAUACAGUGGUGAGUGGGUAGAGAGGCUAGAUAUGGUGUGUAAGAUGGAUGACCUUAGUGUUCCAGUACCUGAUGGUGAACAAAGUAAAGAUGGCAAAGCAUCAACUUUGCUAUCUAAAGGGACUGUUCAUGAUGAUUUCAAGAGAGAAAUGCAUUUCUACUGUCAAGCUCAGGUGGCCGCCAAGGAAGCUAUGGAGAAGCUCAAUAAUCUUGGUUUGCCAACUGAACGUCCAGAUGAUUAUUUUGCAGAAAUGAUUAAGACAGAUGCACAUAUGCACAAGAUUAGAGAAAAGCUUGCUAAUGAAAAGCAAAACCGCGAAAAUGCAGAAAAAGCAAAGAAAAUUAGGCGCAUGAAGCAGUUUGGAAAAAAGGUACAGCAAGAGGUUCUGCAAAAAAGGCAACAGGAGAGAAAACAAAUGUUGGAAGCUGUUGAUAGAAUUAAAAAAGGUAAAGACAAACUCAAAGGUGAUGGCAGUGAUUUGUUUGACAUUAAAACAGAUAACACCAAAGUUAGACCAGAGAAAUCACUCAAAAGAAAGAGAAAAGAUGCCAAGUUUGGAUUUGGUGGCAAAAAGAAACAGGCAAAGAUGAACAGUUCAAAGUCUUCAGGAGAUAUGAGUGGUUUCAAACCAUCUGUUCAUAGUAAAGCUCCAAGAAACAAGAACAAAGGAAAGCCAAAAAGAAUGGGAAAAUCAAGACGAAAUCAAGUCAAGUCAAAGAAAAGAUAACAAGUAAACCAAGCAAAAUUGUUUAUUUAUGGUUCAAUGAGAUGUAAUGAUAUAUUGAAUCAUAUAACAAAUAAAAAAACAUGCAAACAUCUUUUUAAGAAUUAUUGUCAAAAGAUCUACAAACUUGUAAAAGAAUGAAAUUAACCUAUAAAGCCUUUUUUAGUUAGAUGGAUUCUGCAUCCAGACAUCUGAGUGGAAAAAAAUAUUUUAUAAUUCUAAGUUUUCUCUAAAGAUCAUGACAACAAAGAAGAUACUGUAUUAGAGAACAUUUUCAUUUUAACCGUUGUUUUCUUAAUUCAUACAAAAAGCUUAAAAUAA